AUGCUCCAGAAAAUUGCCUCCUGCCCAGGUGCCAAAGGCGCAGAGAGCAACUAUCACUUUCCAACAACGUCAGUGCAUUACAAGGAGCAAAGAAAUGUUGAGCAGUGCCAUGUCACAAGGGGGGAUGAAAGGAAUGACAGAAGACUGCCCGCGACGACCAUUCAGAAUCGAGGCACUUGCUUUUCUGCCACACAACUGUGGGGCAACACCGGCCUGGUGGCAAAGCUGGGUGUUCCUUGCCUCUCUUUGCAUCCUCUGCACCUGGACCGAGAUGUCUUGACAGUCGUCGUGGAGAACCCGAUCUCUGGCGAAAUCAUUGUCACAUUACCUGCGAUAUCCAGAGUGGAGCGUUUGGCUGAACUACAGAAGCGCCUUCCUUGCGACGAUUUGCACUCCCAGUACAAGUUCAUGUGUGAGGCAGUCAGCCUUCAAGAUCUCCUAGAUUCCGAAGCUCAGGGUGAACUCAGACUCCAAGCCUUUCGUGUGCAUAGGUCAUUGCUCUUCGACCGUGCGACCGAAGACAGCAUCACACUGUCAGACCCCGACAGCGAUGAUGGUGCCACCCUUGCCAGCCGCCAUAGCAGUGCUGCAGGAGGCAUGGCCAUCACCGGCUCACUUCCCUGGAAGGAUGGCGUGGUUUCCUUCGAAGUGGUCAUCAUGGAGAUGGAAGAUGUUGGAUCGGAGGGGUUGGAGAUUGGUAUCACUGGGUGUGGCCCAGAUGAUGGUUUUUUGAUGCACCGCGCCUAUGCAGUUCUGUCGCAUCCUUCAUGGGUCAGCAGUGACUACGGAAGUCUAUGGAUCAGUGGCAGGAAACAGCGCGGUGAUGACUUUCAGCCGUGGAAGGAUCUGGUUCCCAAAUGCCUUCGCCCUGGCGACGUGGUGCGUUUGGUGCUCUAUGUUGACUCAGGCGAUUUGGAAAUCUUCGUCAACGGGGCCAGCCAGGCCCGAUGGUUGGGUGAAAAAAUGCCAAAGAAGCUGGUCGUUUCUGAGGGGCAAGAACUAUUUGGUUUGGUGGGUCUUCGAAGGUGA